UUAGAGGCUGAACAGCAGCAGAGGAAAAGAAGGAGGCACCCUGGCAGGAGCUCUCUUGUAAGGAAGAAGGUGCAGAAGAGAGAGCACCAGGGCUUGCUGGCCAGCAGCACAGCUGGCACUGAGAGCUCUUGCUUGGCUUGAUCCUGGUAGCCAAUUCCCCCCUUUUUUUUAAAGUUUUUUUAGAAGCACAUGACAAGUGAGCUGUGUUGGAAAGGACUGGCAGCUGCAGGACUGAGCUUAAGAAUCUAGUGAUCCUUUUUGGGUCGGGGAGUCAAGGCAGUCUCCUGGUGUGAUGGAGCUGUCCACCUUCCCUGAUGCUGAAAUGGACCCCAAUUUCUUUUCCAAUACCACAGCCCAAGGUUUCACCUCCAGCUCCUUUGCCACAUCCAAUGCCACCAGUCCAUCUCCAGUCAAGGAUCCCACUUCCAUCAUCAUAGCCAUUGCCAUCACUGCCCUGUAUUCGGUGGUCUGCGUGGUGGGACUGCUGGGCAACAUCCUUGUCAUGUACGGUAUUGUCAGAUACACCAAGAUGAAAACAGCCACCAAUAUCUAUAUUUUCAACCUGGCCCUGGCAGAUGCCUUGGCCACCAGUACAUUGCCUUUCCAAAGCGCUAAGUACCUGAUGGAGACCUGGCCUUUUGGCGAAUUUCUCUGCAAGGUUGUCCUCUCCAUUGACUACUACAACAUGUUCACAAGCAUCUUCACCCUCACCAUGAUGAGUGUUGACCGGUACAUAGCUGUCUGCCAUCCAGUCAAAGCCCUGGAUUUCCGGACGCCUGCAAAAGCAAAAUUAAUCAACGUUUGCAUCUGGGUCCUCUCCUCUGUUAUUGGGGUGCCUAUCAUGAUCAUGGCUGUUACCAAGUCUGAUGGCAAUGUUGUUAUGUGUAUCCUCCAGUUUCCAAAACCUCAGAUUUACUGGGACACAGUCACCAAGAUAUGUGUUUUCAUCUUCGCUUUCUUAGUUCCCAUCUUGGUUAUCACCAUCUGCUAUGGACUCAUGAUUCUUCGUCUGAAGAGUGUCCGUCUCCUCUCGGGCUCCAAGGAAAAAGACCGCAACUUGCGUCGCAUAACGCGCAUGGUUCUGGUUGUAGUGGCUGCUUUCAUCAUCUGUUGGACACCCAUCCAGAUCUUUGUCAUUGUUUGGACCCUGGUGGGCAUCAACAAAAAGAACCCCUAUGUGAUGGCCAGCCUGCAUUUCUGUAUCGCUUUGGGAUACACCAACAGCAGCCUCAACCCUAUUCUUUAUGCCUUCUUGGAUGAAAAUUUCAAGCGGUGUUUCCGUGAGUUCUGCCUUCCCUUCCACACACAGAUGGAACAGAAUAGCUUCAGCCGGGCCCAGACCACCACCCGCGAGCGGGUCUCUACCUGCACUGCUUCUGAAGUCCUCAAUAAGUCAGCAUGACUAGACAUGGAUAGCCACAAAAGGGGCUCCAAAGGUCAUAAAGAUGAGCUACAUUCUGAAGUGACCCAAGUCACCACCACAGAAUUUUAGCAGGAAAGCAAAUGCCAUGGAGAGUGAUGGAAUUCCUUCACGUACUGCAAACGAGAUUCUGUAUAAGAAAAACACCAGCUGAAAACUGAUAUAUGUGUGGAUUUCUAAAAAUAAGAACAUUUCAGUUCUGAGGAGAAUUCUCAAAUCAGCAUUGAUUGGAUGAUUUUCUUUUCUUUUUAUUUUUUUUACAGAUGUUUGGCUUGCACAUAUAUUUAGCUUUUAAAAUGUAAAAAAGGGCCACAGAACAUGUUUUUGUAAUAUUUAAU